AUGCAGCCUCCACCGCAUCAGAACCAUUACCAAUACAAUUAUUAUCCGGUGCAGCCUCCUCCUUACCAGCACCCCCCGCCUCUCUCCGCACCACUUCCACCUCCUCAAAAUGCCUACGCAUUCCAGUACCCACCUCCUCCACAACAGCCCUUCUCGUACCUCGCCGGGCCUCCGCCACCUCACCACUCCCACGCCUUCCAGGCGCCACCUCUACUGACUCAGCCGGCAUACAAUAUUCAUCCUCAGCCAGGGCAGUGGGUUUCGCCAUACGGAACGCAGCCCAGUCUCGUUCAGGCUGACAGGCUUAGAGAUCGUGUUACGCGUGGCCGUGGCAAGAAUAGAAAGAGGAAGAGGGGAACGGUGGAAGAAGAGGAUGAGGAGCUUAAUGCGAUCGUACAAGAGGAGCCUGCGAGGAUGAGGAUAGAAGUUGGCGUCAAAAAUGAGCAUGAAGAUGAUGAGAACGGUUCCAAGAUGCCUGUAGUCAAAACGGAGCCAGCACCUAGCCCCGUUGGUGAUGGUUCUACGUCUCCAAGGAUUGGGAAGUUGAGCAAGGGGCAGAGGAAACGUGCUCGGCUGUUUAAGAAGAAGACCGAAGCCGCUGUUCCACAGAGCAACAAUGCGAACGUCCGCCCCGAGCCAAGAGUGAAGACGGAAGAUGGGGGGAAAUGGAGAGGCCGGAGGUGA